AUGGAAGAUAAAAAAGAUGGAAAUGAAAAGGAAGAUGGGCAAGAAGAAAAAGAACAGAGUCCUUCUCAGCAGUAUGAACUAUAUGUUAUUAGCGAUGAGUUAAAUGAUAAGCUCAAAUUAUUAAACUAUGAAGAGGAUUAUGCAAAUUUAGCUACAAGCUAUAGGACUAUUUCAAGGGAAUAUUUUGUAAAAAGUACAAAUAUUGGUGAGCAAUUUUUUAUUUUCACUACACUUGCUGCAUGGCUCAUCCAAAAAGCUAUCGAUUCAACAUUUUCAUUUCCACAUGAGUCUGAUGAUCCAAAUGGAACAAUUUCAAAUAUUUUGAAUGCAUUACAAAGUAAAAAUAUUCCUAUUACUUUUGCACCAAAUAAAUUAAAAACUGGCGCUGGUGAGCAAUGUUUGUAUAUAUUGGACAAACUCGCUGAUUUAGCACUUGUUGCCAGUCAAUUCUCGUGGAUUAAAGCAGAUCCAAUACCGGAAAACGAUGAAGAAAUGGAUGUAGCAGUUGAUCAAGCUGAAAUUACUGCUGAAGAGUUUGAUGAAGACGAACAAAUCGAUGUUGCUGAUGAUGAUGAUAAUGAAAUUGUAAUGGAUCUAGAUGUGAUGCCAUCUUCAAGAACCACUGAUGAAAAAAUGUUAAAUGGUAUCCUUCAUAGCAAAACAGAUGUGAAUUCGUGGAAACUUGAAGUUGAACGAGUAGCACCACGUCUUAAAGUUACCUUUGAGCAGGAUUCAAAGGACUGGAGAAUGCAUUUGGAACGAAUACGAUCCUUACAGAAAACAGUCGUGGAACUGUUAAGUACGACAGAACCGCAUUUAAAGAGUAUUUCUAAUGAAAUUGAUAAAACAAUGGAACGAAUUGGUAACAGGGAGAAACAUUUCAAUAGCCAGCUGGAAUCCGUAUUGACAAAAUUUUGCCUUGCUAAAGAAAGAUUGAAUGAAGCAAAAAAAAAAUACAAGGAAAUUAGUGGUGGUAUUACGGAACGUACCCAAAAACUGCAACAUGUCAGUGAUGAAUUGGAACAAAUUAAACAACAAAUUGACGAAAGAAGUUUUCGAAAUAGUGAUGAAGCUCCGUUGCUGAGAUUAAAGCAAGCUUUACAAAAGAUGGAGUCAGAUAUUCUCACAAUGAAUGUUCAGAUUAGCGUCAUCGAACAAUCUCUCCUACAAAGUCAACUCAAAAAUCGGACCGCAUAUAAUGCUUACUUUCAGGAUUUGCAUAUUUAG